GUCGGGGGAUUGACUCACGCCAUAUUGGAAUGCCAUGUGGAGCCAGGGCGAAGUUCCCACAAGCUUCCUCUCUAGUCAUAUUUAAGACCCGUUUUGCUCGGGAAGAAUUGGGGAAGGCGCUAUAAGCCCUCUUUCAAUAAAUGGGGGAACCGGCGUGCCCCCUAAUUGGGACAAAGGCCAGUCAUAGUGGUGCCAUGACGUCACUCAGCGGCGCUGUAAGCUCCUGUGACGUCACUCCUGCCAGUGCAAGGCAGUCAACUUUUGGGGAGAAAUGGAGGAGGAGCUACCACAACCUGCAGGGUGAAAGCCUCAGGGUGAUAUGUCCAGCAAGAAUUCAGCAGCAUCUGAGACAGAAAGCGAAUGGGAGUUUCAUUCUGCAUAUGGAGAAGAAAGUACUGUACAUACCAGCAGAGACUUGGUUGACUCUGGUAGUGAAUGUGAUCUUUUUCUUCAUCCCAAUGGUCAGCACAUUGUAUUUGAAAAACAGAAAGGAAAAAGCAAACUUGGGAAGGUAGUCCUGACCUUGGAAAACAACAAAACCAACCUUACAGAUUGUUGCAAACACUGUCCCCUGCUGCAAGCACAAAGCAUUAGUAACACUGGAGAGUUUGAGGUGGAAUUGCCUCCAGAAUCUGUAGUGCAUCUAUAUUUUGAGGACAGUGAUACAAGUGAUCAUUCAUCAAAAGUUUAUUCAACUAAAAUACUCCAAUCGGAACCUGGUGGAUCUAGAGAUGAGUUCCGUUUAAACUGUAAAAUCCCUCAUGUGCUUAGUACUGACAAUUCAGUAGUUAGAGAAACCUUUAAUUCAGUAAAGAAAGCUGGGUUCAAUAAGCUAUAUCAGAAGCAAUCUUCAGUUGACUAUUCCCAAGGUUCCAAGCACAACAAAGCUGUACAAGUUUCCUUUCCUUGUAGGGAAACAGAAGCUGGAGAAAAUUUUGUCAAUGAAUAUUCUAAACAAUCAUCAGCACACACCAAUGUAAAGAAAAUAUUAGUCAGGAAAUCUGAAAUAUUUCAUAGUGUUGAAAGCCAACUGACAGAUAACCAUUCUUACAAAACUGACAGUCCCCAAACUACUGAGCAAGUCUAUUACCCUUCCACUUCAGGAGAACUUGUAAUUUCUCUCACUUUGGAAGCAGAUUAUUUAAAUCCCAAUGUUUCAUUAGCAGGCAAUGUUAUUUCUUCAGAAGACAGAGUAAGAAAAGAAGAAUCGCAGAAACAUGAUAAAUGCUUCGCCUUUAAAUGUAAAGGUGGCCAACAAAACCAGCUGUUGAAGAAACUGCAUAUUUCUGUUGUCCCUUGUCCUGUUCAAGUAGAUGCAGGAACACAAAAACACAUCACACCUACAAAGCAGGUAGGGUGUUCAGAUAUCUUAGCUGCUGAAACUAGUGAAUUUUUAGCUGUUGAUGCAAAAUCAUCCAAAAUUAGCCAAUCUCUGGCAAAAUCUUCCAAAUCGAGUUGUUCAAGCUUUCAUUCUAAUCAAGGGCUAUCUACACAUAAACUUCGGGGUCCCUGUCAGUUCUUUCCACCCACUAAAUACGUACAUGCAUAUCAUUCUCCUCACAUUUGUGUGUGGUCAUUUCCUGAUUAUAAAACUACAUCUACUCUUAAGACUUCUGAAGUUAAGAAAAAGCAUCCAAAGGCCUCCAGAUGUGUGAAAUCUUUUGUAUUUACUAAAAACAAAGAAGCACAAAAAAGUAAACCAUUUAGACAUAUCUGCAGAUUUCAUCGAUCUAAGGCAUUGAACUUUGACUCUAUAAACAAAAAUACUCAAAAGGCAAAAGAAGUAAGUGAACUGUAUUAUGUGCCCCUAACACAAGCUACUAAGUGUUACUGUUGUCCAUUAUUUGAUGAGACUGUAAACCUGAAUCCUGCAGGGAGAGAUUCUGAGAACCAUCUACGUGUUCACAGAAAACCUUACAAGCGAACUGGAGGUGUAAAAGUAGUUCCUAGAUUUUCCUCUUACUGUCUUUUAGUUCCUGUAAGCGAACUUGAGAGGUUGCAAUACAUUUCUCCAGUAAGAAGAAAAAAUAAUUUGAAGAUGCAGAACAUACUGAACUAUUGGUUAGGAUGGACUGGACAGAGCCCAGAGAAAGACUCUAAAGGGGAGGUUUGUAUCACUCCAAAUAGUUCAAAAGGUCCUUAUUUUUCAGCUGAUGGAAGGACUUCUAUUGCUCCACUUUCCCCAAACUUGAGGAGUAUUUCAGUGCCAUUUUCUCCUACACUGCCUCUUUCAAAUGAGAGAAGUUCUCCUCCUUGUUUGCAAACUGAGAGGAGUCCCAGAGCAUUAUAUCUUCUUCCAAAGGACCAGAGGCAGCCACCUGCCACCUGCAUGCAAACUAACAGAGCCACUUGGAGUCCUGGAACAUCAUCUUCAGAUGGCAGAUGCAAUAUGCCUUAUUUUCCUUGUGAAAAUACUGUUAAAGUAGAGGGGUCACAAAAAGAAAGAAAUAAGUUUACAAAUACAGGUGUGGAAAAGUUGUAUUGUGGAACUAACCAUAUGUCUUCUGGGGGUUCCUCUCCUAAGAAGCCCCCAGUCUGCUCAUGUGGGGCUAUGUUACAAUGUGGCUUAUUCCCUAAUGAAGAGAUUUCAGAGAUAAUUAAGAAAACUAGAGCAAGCCCAGAUAUUCACCAGAGAAAGAGUGAGACUGAAUCGGACAGGAUGAGAUCACCUAUGGGAAGCUUUAACACAGGGGGUGCCUGCUGUGCUAGCUGCCAUCAUGGCUUCCCACCCUGUUCUUUUUACAACACAAAAGGACAAGGACCUUCAAGAAAUCAAAUAGUUAAAGUAGCAUCCUUCUUUGAGAAUGAAUUUCCCCCAACAAAUCUGAAAGAGGAUGUAAGGAAAAGCAAAGCAGUGAAGCCAGAUGAAAGCAAAAAUAUCAGGUUCCCUGUUGGGUCAGGUUCUUUGCAAGGGUGCCCAUUUAACACAUACCCUACAUCACCCCAGAAUGAUGGCUUUGAGACACUGAAACACUACCACCCUGAGUGCCCAUACUGCAGGUCUGUGACUCAAGAACAUCAUAUCGCAUCAGAAGAACAUAAAAGACAGAACAGCUGCAUAAACAGGAAAAGCAUUUUUCUAGUGGAUUGUGGCCAGGAGAUCAGAAGCCAAUGCAAAUGUUCCCAAGAAAUCCCACUUUUCAGAAUUCGUCAUGUUGAUACACAUAAUGGAAACAGAGUUGCAAUUUCCACACAAAAGAAACUUGACUGUCAGGAUUCAUCAGAGAUUAAUGAUGACCGGAAAAGGCUUCAUGGGAACCACAAAUGUUGCCACAGCAGUGUUCAGUAUGGUCAUUUGCAGUGAGAAGUCAUGUUGAAAUGUUCGUGAAUGUUGGUGCUUGCUUCACAGAGGACCUCGACAAAUAAAGCAUGCCGAAAUACAA